AUGAGCAGAAGAUUGAACGUCGAGCGAAGACGCGAAGUCGCCACGUUGUCACUGACUGGACUGUCCCAAAGAGCGAUUGCCAGCCGUCUUGGGUGUUCCCUUUCGUCGGUUAAUCGCAUUGUCCGCGCUCAUCGCGAAGAGGGUCGCCUGGAAGAUGCCCCGAGAAGUGGAAGACCGCCGGCCACCACCACGGAGGAGGACCAGCAAAUAGUUGCCGUAAGUGCCGUCGAGCCAUUCUUCACGUCGACGGACAACAAGAGGGAACUGGGCUUAGGGGCGUCGGCCAAAACUGUUCAGCGCCGCCUCAAGGCCUUUCAGUCUGGUGUUGCUGUACAGAAGGCCCUCCUCAAGGCUGACCACGAAGAAGCCAGGCUCCAGUUUGCCCUCGACCACAUGGACUGGGACGACAACCGCAUGGUUCAGCGUAAUCUUCAGCGACGAGGCCACGUUUAG